AUGGCGAAUAGCUUGACAUCGUUUGACGCGCAACUUCACGAACAUUUAAACCACUUGGAGCAGUUACAGGAGAAGAAUAAAAAGCAGCAUUGCUUCCAACCUGCCUUUUGGUUGCAGCAGACGGAGUUUGAUGUUGCUCGAGACGUUUUCGUUGCGACAGCCCAAGCCAUAGGUCACACGGUCACCAAAUUCUCACUUGUGUAUAGCAAAAAAACAACGCCAACCAAAGUAGAAAGUGCCAGUAUAUGUGAGGCGCUGGGCAAACCUUGCGAGCAGCUGCUUGCCGCCACCAACGUUGCGCUGUUCUGUGGCGCUGGACCAUCGCUCGCGGCGGAGAUUCUUAGCGAUGCAAUUCGACUCAUCAAAAGCUUGCACAGUCUCGUGAAGGCCAUUGAAAAAGGGGACCUGGACCGCAUACCACAAUUUACCGGCCAGGUCUGGGAAUAUUCUACCGCUCGUGUGUCAAAGUCAAAUUGCGUGGCGUCGAAGCGCAGCAUGCUACAGUGUAUUACGAUGCUAAACUCAACAAUUGAUGAGCUGAAUGAGUUCCUUGUCGAACAAACAGACGACAAUGGUCAAGUUGCGGCCUUGGAUGAGGUGGAACAAGAAGACGAGUUUGGAUUUGACUCGAAGCUGACCGAGGAGGAGAGGACACUGUUUCAAAAUGGGCUCAAGCUUUUGACAAUGAGCGCGGCCAUAAUGAAGCGUGGCGUACUCACACUAAAAAAGCUGACGAUCUCAAAUGACCAGGAUGCGUACCUCAAAUGGACAGCCAAACUAGAUGUAAGCUACUCCGAGGCUCAGGAUGCCAUUGUGGAUUUCGGCGCGGCAUUGUACCCUCCGAUUGGGAUGAAUGAGAUUGCUGAUGCUCUCAAUAAAUUAAGCAAUACAGAAUCAACUAUCCUCGCAUGUCUUAAGGAAAUGCCCGAGCUGACCUCGGCAGAGGAAGAAGCCUUAGUUGUCGGUGAGACUGCUUUUGCCAAACAAAUUGACAUUGUCAAGAGCAAUUUAGAAUAG